AUGGGCUUAUUCAACUUGCUUGCGCUCUCUAUUGAGACGUCAGUACUAAGUUGGUACAUACUAACUCCAUUGCUAUCUACUGGUGGGUCUAUUGUCCUAAUACAAGACCUACGAUCCGUACUAGAGUUCCGUCAAUCAUUAGCACUCCAAGCUCUCCUGUCUUUAUUCCGUCUGCACUUGUUUGUGUACAUUCGUCGUCGCAAUAAGCGUGUACCAUCUACACGAUGUUUUGUUUUUGUUGUAUCACUUGUAGAAGUGAUCAUAUGUGCUCUUGGUUCAUUGCAGCCACUGUUGUAUAUGGACGGGAAAGAGAUUGAUACAUUUUCUAAGUUUCGUCAAGUCCAUUGGGGCGACUUUUAUGUCGCUGUACUGGGCGUUAUGGCUAUUAUCAGUACGCUGUUGCAACUUGGCUACAUUUUACAACUUAAUAAAAGUCGGGGACGUUUAUUUGACGAUAAAUUACUUCGAAAUGUAAUGGGUGAAACACCACGUGCGAAAUGGAGGUCCAAGUGGGCCACACUUGGUAAACAAUUUGCGGGACGACGUAAACAAAAAGACUUGACAUUUCAAGCUAUUGUGAAGCUUUAUGCUCAUCAAGAAGGAGCUGUGGAUCGAUUAAUUGUGUCGUCAGAGCAAGAUGAAGAUGAGUUUGAAUUUUAUCUACCACAAUUAUGCAGCUUUCUCUUGCUCGGAGCAUUUACAAGAUCGCCACAAUUGUGUGCAUUAUUACUGAGAAAAUGCAGUGUAUCUCAUGUGUUUGCACACAAAAUGUUAUGGUACUUGCAGUCCUAUUGUCUGCAUAGUCCAGCUUACGUCACGGAAGCUGAUGUGCAGCGUGUCCAGAUGCUGAUUGAUGAUGUAUCAGAGAGUGGCGCAGCACCAGCGAUGGCAGUUGCUUGUCCUUCCAGUCCAGCUAAUUUGGAGCAUCGGCAGUGCCGUACAGACCGCGGGCUGGGAGGGUCUGCGAGUGCACAAGAAGUCGAAGCAUUGCUGCCGGGAUCCCAGGAUGACCACUACGCUACUUUCCAGGAAAAGAACGAUCUUGAGCAAGGGCUGAUGAGCGCUGCCGCCCCUAGAAUGCCUGUUGCAUCUGGUGGUGUUGUGCCUUUUAAUCAUGAGACUGCUUUUUUGGGAUCGUUGGCGAAUCUGUCAUCAAAUUUGCGUGCUGUGGCGUACGACCGUCGCAACGACAUGCUUCGUGUCUGGCUACAAGACCUGGAAGCUCAGUACUUGCCGAGCAACUCGCUGUACCUCCCUGUCGGCAAUUCCUACCACCGACUUAAGCACAUUCAUGUCGAUGAAAGUUUUACGUUCUCAACGAGGGAGCGUGUUCCAUUUCUUCUGUGUGCCGAGGUUGUGGACUACCCGUCUCCGCAACAAGAGCUUGUAGCUCGGGACAAACGUCCCAGCAGCGUGUUUAAUGGCCGACGCUUUACCCUCAGCCUUUGGGAUGCUACUACAACUCAUGACUCGACGACAGUUUCCGCAUCUGCGGACCGUACACCAUUGAUAUCCCCGGAAGCUGCCAAACUUGGAUUCUGGAGCGAAUCACGCACACCUAGCAGCCCAACUAGACUUCGGUCAUUUUCACACCACAUUUCGAGCAAAAUGGCACAACCGUCGGAACUGCUGCACGGACUGCUUGACUCCCUUGUCGGUAAGAACUCUAAUGAGAAGAACUAUGACCCAAAGAGUGAGGCAUUGUUGAGCAAGGCGAGAGGCGAGGAUUAUGAUGAGGACGCUCCUAGUCGCUUUCACGAUUUGCCGGAGAGAAGUCAAAGCCAGCCAUUUUUCAAGAGCUCGCGUGUGAUCUCAAAGGGAAGUCUCAACGUUGACACGAGCACACAGGGACUUCGGCCGACGCUCUCGGCCCAGACGGUGCCUCCAUCGAUCCUACCUGUUGCUACAGACAUUGAUGAUAGCGAUGCUGUGAGCAAUGUCAGCGGGCCGUGGUCACCAAAGUCAGAUACAGUGCUGUCGGAAAGCUCGCCACACCAUCUCGCGCGGUUCGAUAGUACAGAUCGAUUCUUGCUGGACCUAUCUGAGCGCGACUCAAAGCUCGAGGAAGACGAAAAAGCUGAGAGCAGUGAUCCGUCUUCUAAAACACGGCAUCACGCUGCAUCAAGUGAUCCACCCUACGUCAUAUUUAAAGAGCGUUGGGCGGAUAAAGAACGCCGAAUUCAAGCCACGUCGCCGUAUGGACACCUUCCCGGCUGGCGGUUGCUGCCUGUGAUUGUUAAAAGCGACGAUGACCUACGUCAGGAGCAGUUUGCCUUACAACUAAUCCAUCAGUUUGCAAAGAUGUUUGCAGAAUUUAAGGUACCUGUCUUCAUCCGACCGUACGAUGUGAUCGCCAUUUCAGCUACUUCGGGUCUUGUAGAGGCAAUCUCUGAUACUAUCUCAAUUGACUCGCUGAAACGCAACGACCGCGAAUUUACGACGCUGUUGGACUUCUUCACGAGGCAUUUUGGUGACCCCAGUACGCCUGAAUUUCAUCGAGCCCGAUCGAAUUUUGUGAGCAGCAUGGCUGGUUACGCGAUCGUGUGCUAUCUACUUCAGGUGAAAGACCGCCACAACGGCAACAUUCUGCUGGACGCGGAGGGCCACAUUAUCCAUAUUGAUUUUGGCUUUAUUCUGGCAAACAACCCAGGCAAUAUGGACUUCGAGCAGGCACCUUUUAAGCUAACGGCUGAUUUUGUAGAGCUCAUGGGUGGUCCACGUUCUGCCCACUUUCGCCGGUUCCGGUCUCUCUGUGUCCGAUCGUUUCUUGUUGCACGGAAGUAUCGCCACCGGUUUGUAUUACUUGUGGAGAUGAUGUUGCACGGCAACGAGCACCUCCCCUGUUUUGCCGGAGACCCGAAGGGCACAGUUGAGCGCCUCGCCGCUCGUUUUCAGCCAGACUUGGGCAUCAACUCUUGCGAGGACUUUGUGCACGAGCUCAUUGAUGCUUCAUUAGAUAACUGGCGCACUCGCUGGUACGACAAGUACCAGCGCUGGAUUGUCGGUGUCUUCUAA